CAUAAAUUUAAGUAUUUGUUAUAUUUAUUGAAUUGUGGAUCAAUCUUUUUUCUUAAGAAAUUAUUGUAAAAUUGUUUUUAAGGUGUGAUACAUGUGAUAACAGUACAUGAUACGAUAUUUUGUUGGAAUUACAUGCGUAGCAGAAUUAAAGAACGCAACCAAAACAAUUAUCUAUGCCCUUUAUCGUUCAGGUGCUGUAUUCAUAUUUUGUUAUGUCUAUAGGUAGAAAUGUCAAAAAUGUAAACAAAAAUAUCUAUUAAAAUUUUAGUUUAACAUUUAAAGAUAAUUAUAAGAAAAUCUUUUUAUAAUGAAAGAUGAGACUGUUAACAAGUUAAUAUAAACAGAAGUGGAAAGGAAAAAAUUUUAGUGUAUUAAGGAAAAAUCGCUUGACACGCCCAAUAAUUUCGUAAAUGAGGUUAUAAAUGCGCCAAUUCCGGAUUUUUCACAAACGUCUUAUUUUGUGGGUAAUAUUUUGCUUUCAAGUAAGUCUUCUAUUGGCAUAUUUAUUUUUAAAUGUCGACAUAAUUUCUGCAACUUCGCGAACUUCCAAAAGGGUGUCGUUUUUUACAAAUAAUAGCUUUAAGUAUGUACCCCUCAAAAAAAAUACAUAUCAUACAUACAAACAUAGAAUAUACCUUAAGAAGCAAUCAUCUAACAGUGAAUUUAUAGACUUCAAUACAAGCAUAUGCUUUAGAAAUGGGACUGAUAUAAAAUUAAUGUUACAUAAACAAAACAAUGAUAAAUGGAACUGCAAAUGUCUUCCGACAUUUCAUGGAAACAAUUGUGGUCAGCCAGAAAUAAUUUGGAGAGCAUUGCUCAAUUUUAGAAAAUCAAUUAAAAUAAAAGGGCCAAGGAAAUAUAAAAGAAAUAUACUAUUUGUUGUAAUUGUAGAUAAAUUUUUAACAACAGCUCUUGAGAUUAUGAUAAGUGAAUUGAACAGUGUUGUAGAUUUAUUCAUACUAAUUGAAUAUUCUGGGGAAGUAUUUUUAAAGAACCAAUUAAACAAUGGAUUUCUAAGACAGUAUCAUAAAGAGGUACUAUAUCUUAACAUUGUCAAUGAAAAUGAUCUCUUUUCCAAGAUACAAAAUUCUAUUGGAAAUUUAAAGCAAGAAACACUAAUUGCUUUUAUUAAUGAAAA